GGUGUCACAAUGGCUAGCCCCCAGCAGAACGAGACGGGCCUCGUCCAGAUCCUCCAUUACCUCAAGCGAAACCCCAAACUCACACGCAAGGAGUUCUGGGAAUACUGGCAGGGCACUCACGGGCCGAAACUGGUUCCGCUGGUCGAGUUUCACGGCUGCCACCGCUACCAGCAGCUGCACACCUUCGGUACUGUCAUCCCCAAUUCCUCCGCCGACUCCGCGCCCAACGCUGUGAGGAACUCCCCAUCCGCGUCCCCCUCUGCCGCUGCCGUAGAGUUUGACGGCAUCGCCAUGUUCCUCGUCCCGAGCCUCGACGCGUUCAGAUGCAUGGUCGAGGAUCCGUACUACGUCAACGUGGUGGAGCCGGACGAGCACAACCUCCUGGACAAGGCCGGGCCCGGGGGCGGCGUCGUUGCGAGCGUCCAGGGGACGGUAGCCAGCGUGGUGCAGGGAGGCAGGACAGUG